AUGCUUUAUGUUGUCUUACCAUCUGAAUUGAGUCGUAAAGCUGUCACUACUUUAGUCCAAUACAUGUACACUGGAGAAACAACUGUUGCGAAUGAAAUUUUAAACGAAGUACUUAGAGGUGGAGAAAUAUUAAAGAUACGUGGAUUGUGUAAAGUUCCACCAGGAAACAAUAAUGAAAUGCAAAGAAAUACGAAAUUAAUCAAUGAUGCCACUCCAAAUUCCCAAUGUCAUUCCCUUAAAAUCAGUAAUGAAGUCAAUGAAUUACCGCUGAAAAAUGUUGAACAUACUUCUCGUAACUCUGCAGAGUGUACCAAAAGUACAUCUGUGGGUGCAAAUUCAAGAAGUUCAUCAACAAAGAAUUCCCAACAUGAUUUUCCUUUUGUUGUGAUGACUCCACAAACACAUCCAUCUCAACUUUUUCCACAACAACAGCAAUCAUCUAGUGAAACAAAUCCACAACAGUCACCAUCUUCAACAACAAUUAUAUUGAAGAAAGAUAUGGCUAUUGAUCCCGGUGAAACUAACAUUCCUAUCGAACAUUACGGUUUGAUAUCAUUGAAAAUAGCAGCAGCAGUUAAAAAAGCCCAACAGCAACAGUGCUUAGAAAACGUGAAAACAUCUCCAAGCAAUGCUGCUACAAGAUCAUGUUCAAAAGAUUCAGUGUCAGCUUCAUCUCCUUUUCAAACCUAUUCGACUUCAGAACGUUCCAAGGAAUCAUUUCACAUGAGUGAUAUUUCGCCCUACAAUGAACAAAGAAAGUUAUCAGUGGAGAAUCAAAAGCAAUCUGUGACGUGUCUGCUUGAGAUUGCUAAGAAUAACAAAAUAUCUUUCCAAGAAAAUAAUCAAUGUUAUAUAAGUCCUACAUUAGAGAAAGAUAUAAAUCAACAGUUCACCGAAGGAUCAAGCUUCCAUUUGAUAAAAAAAGAACCAGAAUGGUGUGAAAAUCAAAACGAAGCAACAGAAAAAAUUGCUGAAAACUUUUCUGACUUCACUAACGCAAUCAAACCAGAGGCUUUAGAUUCUUUAGAGGAUUCUCUUCAAUCUGAAGUUGGAAAUACGAAAGUCUACUCACCGUUGGUUUGUGAAGAAUGUAAUAUGAAAUUUCAAGUACCCGCUGAAUGGGUGAGACAUAUUGAGACACAUUAUGAAACAGCAGCACAGUCAAACAUUCCUAAAAAGCGAAAACGACCAAACGAGCAAGAAGAGAAUACCGAGAACAUUAAUAUUCUAUCAUGCGAUUUAUGUGAAGAUAUUCAUCUUGCAACACCUGCAGAUUGGGUACGACACGUUCAAAAUACUCACACAGAAACUGAACUUGCACUGUCGAAUAAUAGCAUCUUGACAAAAACAAGUAACGUAGGACAAUCGAAAGAUGUCUCGGUAGAAAAAAUGUGUAAUGUUUGCGAUAAAGUUCUUCCAUCAUAUGCAAGCAUGCUGAUACAUAAAAGAACACAUCACGUUGGAAAAUCAUUUGUUUGUUCACAGUUUAACUGUAAGAAAGAAUUUAAUGUGAAGUCAAAUCUCCUUCGACAUAUGCGAUCAUGUCACAAUCAAGUUUCAUCGAAUGAAAGUCAUGACAGUGAUAGUGUGGAUUGAACACGUGUAAACUUUUAAUAAUCUCUUAACAUUUUAUGGUCUUACGAUGUCAUUUACUUGAACAUCUUUUAUCUAUCAAUUUCAUUCUUAUUUUUACAUCAUUCCCUCCAUAAAGUAGAAUUGCCAUCGAAUUUUCUUCCUUUCCAUCAAACGAAUCUAAAGGAUUUUUUUUUAAGCUAAGUGUGAACUUUACUUUUAUCUAAAAAUUUCAGAAUAUUUACUUGAAUGAUAAGUAGCAAAUAGAGUCUAUAAAUAAUAAAGAUUAUUUUUGUGAAUGUGCGUUUCAAGAAAA